AUGAACUUUUCUCCACAAGCAGGAAAAAAGAGAGAUCAGACUGGGGCAAUUGCAGGUCAUAUGGCUGAAUCGAAGGGCUUGGCUCCAUUACCACGGAAGUUGUAUGAAUGUGUGAUUUGCAAGGGGAGCUUCAGUUGUUGGCGAGCAUUAGGUGGUCAUAUGAAGAUCCAUCGAAAGGAACAAGCGCUCUUGAGGCAGUCAACACCAUAUGACCGGGCUGCUGGCUCGUUGUCAAAGCCAACUUUGCCAUCGUUAUUGGCACCAUAUGACCAGGCUACUGGGUUUUCCUUAACUUUUCCUCGGUCGUCUGCAAUACCCAAGAGAGUAAAACACAGUUUUAGCAAAACCCAAUUCAAAUUUUACAAUGAAUUGUUUGGUGGGACUGAUCAAGGAAGGUUUAAAGCGGAGAAGACGAAGGCAGCAGCUGUGGGUGAUGGACUAGACCUGGAGCUUCGACUUGGAUAG